CACAUAAGUGCAUACGAUCAAGAAGACCUUCAAGUCCUUGUAGCAUUCUUGCGUUUUCUUGAUUUGAUAAUAUUAUGGGUUCAAUCUCAACCCAGAAGCCGCCUCAUGCAAUUCUAGUCCCGUACCCUGCACAAGGCCAUGUGAAUCCCCUUAUGCAGCUUGGCAAGCUCUUGCACGCCCGAGGCUUUUACAUCACCUUUGUGAACACUGAGCAUAAUCACAGACGCCUGAUUCGAAGCAGAGGUCAGGAAUUCAUCGACGGUCUUCCUGAUUUCAAAUUUGAAGCUAUCCCUGAUGGGUUGCCUUAUACUGACCGUGAUGCCACCCAACAUGUCCCUUCACUCAGUGAUUCUACCCGAAAGCAUUGCUUGGCUCCUUUCAUUGACCUUAUUGCGAAGCUGAAAGCAUCCCCUGAUGUUCCUCCAAUUACUUGUAUAAUCUCAGAUGGUGUCAUGGCCUUUGCCAUUGAUGCUGCUCGGCAUUUUGGCAUACUAGAGAUCCAAUUUUGGACUACCUCAGCUUGUGGCUUCAUGGCUUAUCUCCAUCAUAUUGAGCUCGUCAGAAGAGGCAUCGUCCCUUUCAAAGAUGAAAGUUUUUUGCACGAUGGUACGCUUGAUCAACCAGUUGACUUCAUUCCUGGAAUGCCUAACAUGAAACUGAGGGACAUGCCCAGCUUUAUCAGAGUCACAGAUGUGAACGACAUAAUGUUUGAUUUUCUGGGAUCAGAAGCUCACAAGAGUUUGAAAGCUGAUGCUAUCAUUUUGAACACCUUCGAUGAGCUUGAGCAAGAAGUGUUGGAUGCCAUUGCAGCCAGGUACUCCAAGAAUAUUUAUACCGUUGGCCCAUUUAUCCUGCUUGAGAAGGGCAUACCAGAGAUCAAGUCCAAGGCAUUUAGAUCCAGUUUAUGGAAGGAGGACUUAAGCUGUCUAGAGUGGCUUGACAAAAGAGAGCCAGACUCAGUUGUGUAUGUAAACUACGGCUGUGUUACUACAAUAACUAAUGAACAGCUGAAUGAAUUUGCCUGGGGUCUGGCAAAUAGCAAGCAUCCAUUUUUAUGGAUUGUUAGGCCUGAUGUUGUGAUGGGUGAAUCUGCAGUAUUGCCUGAAGAAUUUUACGAGGAAAUAAAAGACAGAGGAUUGCUGGUGAGCUGGGUACCGCAAGAUCGGGUUCUUCAACACCCAGCUGUUGGUGUCUUCCUUUCACAUUGUGGGUGGAAUUCAACCAUAGAAUGCAUUUCUGGUGGUAAGCCAAUGAUCUGCUGGCCUUUCUUUGCUGAGCAACAAACAAAUUGCAAAUAUGCAUGCGAUGUGUGGAAGACAGGAGUUGAGCUCAGUACUAAUUUGAAGAGAGAAGAACUUGUGAGUAUCAUCAAAGAAAUGAUGGAAACAGAGAUAGGAAGGGAAAGGAGAAGAAGGGCUGUGGAGUGGAGAAAGAAAGCCGAAGAAGCCAUCAGUGUUGGAGGAGUUUCUUACAACAACUUUGACACAUUCAUUAAGGAGGUCAUCCUUCAACAGCAGACCCAGUAAUCAGACAAGUGCAUGUGGAACUAAGAGACUAUAAGACAAUAACAAGGCUUGUUCCUGCGUGAGAAUAUAUUAAAAAAACAAAAUCCAAAAAGAUUAUUGUUUAAAUAUCUAGUAAUGCCUUUAGUUAAUUCCAAGAUAUAUGUUUUUGCAGUAAAGUUGUGUAAGUGAGAGUGGAAGACAAAAUCCAGUGUGAACUGUGAGUGCUCCACUGGAUUAUAUUCAUGGGUUUUUGUAUCUUGUUAAUUGAUAAUUAAAUAUUUUAGUUUCUGCUUGUAUAA